GCAGCACUGAGGACGCCCAGGAGCUCGGAGCCGACAUGCCGGAGACCCCCAGACCCGCCUUUGCCGGCCGGCGAGCUGUGCCCCGCAACACGUCCAACGGGGCCGAGAACGAGCUGCCCACGGAGGAGCUGCAGGGCCUGGCCCCGAGGGGCUUCAACCCGCAAGACUACCUGCACGUGAUGGACGUGCACCUGUUCAAGGAGAGGUGGGACAGCAACAAGGUGGACCACCACACCGACAGGUUCGACUGCGACCAGCUGAUCGUGCGGCGCGGACAGGCCUUCUACGUGCAGGUCGACUUCGACCGGCCCUACGACCCGCGCAGGGACUUCUUCAGGCUCGAGUACGUCAUCGGCCGCUACCCCAUGGAGAACAAGGGCACCUACAUCCCCGUGCCCGUGGUCCGCGAGCUGCAGAAGGACAAGUGGGGCGCCAAGGUGGUGCUGCGGGAGGGCCGGUCCGUGCGCCUGAGCGUCCAGUCCUCGCCCCAGUGCAUCGUGGGCAAGUUCCGCAUGUACGUGGCCGUGUGGACCCCCUACGGCAUCCUUCGGACCCUCCGGAACCCGGCCACCGACACCUACAUCCUCUUCAACCCCUGGUGUGAGGAGGACGCCGUGUUCAUGGACGACGAGAAGGAGAGGGAAGAGUACGUCCUCAACGACAUCGGGGUCAUCUUCUACGGCGAAGCUAGAGACAUCAAGAGCAGGAGCUGGAGCUACGGGCAGUUCGAGGACGGCGUCCUGGACGCGUGCCUGUACCUGAUGGACCGGGCGCAGAUGGACCUGUCGGGCCGGGGGAACCCCAUCAAGGUCAGCCGCGUGGGCUCCGCCAUGGUCAACGCCAAGGACGAUGAAGGUGUGCUGGUGGGGUCGUGGGACAACGUGUAUGCCCACGGGGUGCCGCCCUCGGCCUGGACGGGCAGCGUGGACAUCCUGCUGGAGUACCACAGCUCCCGGAGCCCCGUGCGCUACGGCCAGUGCUGGGUCUUCGCCGGCGUCUUCAACACCUUCCUGCGGUGCCUGGGCAUCCCCGCGAGAGUCGUCACCAACUACUUCUCGGCGCACGACAACAACGCCAACCUGCAGAUGGACAUCUUCCUGGAGGAGGACGGGGCGGUCAGCAACAGGCUCACCAGGGACUCCGUGUGGAACUACCACUGCUGGAACGAGGCCUGGAUGGCGCGGCCGGACCUGCCCGUGGGCUUCGGGGGCUGGCAGGCCGUGGACAGCACCCCCCAGGAGAACAGCGACGGCAUGUACCGCUGCGGGCCGGCCUCCGUGCAGGCCAUCAAGCACGGCCACGUCUGCUUCCAGUUCGACGCCCCGUUCGUCUUCGCAGAGGUCAACAGUGACCUGGUCUACAUCACCGUGAAGAAGGACGGCUCUCACGUGGUGGAAGCUGUCGAUACCACCCACAUCGGGAAGCUGAUUGUGACCAAGCAGCCUGGAGGGGAUGGCGUGAUGGAUAUCACCGACACCUACAAGUUCCCGGAAGGCCAGGAGGAGGAGAGGCUGGCUCUGGAGACAGCCCUCAUGUACGGGGCCAAGAAGGAGCUUCCCACGGAGGGCGUGGUCAAGCCCAAGUCCGACGUGGACAUGGACUUCGAGGUGGAGAACGUGGUGCUGGGCCAGGACUUCAAGGUCACCAUCUCCUUCCAGAACAACAGUGCCAACCGCUACACGCUGUCCGCCUACCUGUCGGGCAACAUCACCUUCUACACGGGCGUCACCAAGACGGAGUUCAAGAAGGAGAGCUUCGAGGUGGCCCUGGAGCCACUGUCCACCAAGAGAGAGGAGGUGGUGGUCCGCGCGGGCGAGUACAUGGGCCAGCUGCUGGAGCAGGCGUCGCUGCACUUCUUCGUCACCGCCCGAGUCAACGAGACCAGGGACGUGCUGGCCAAGCAGAAGUCCACGGUGCUGACCAUCCCCACGCUCACCAUCCAGGUGCGGGGCGCCAGGGUGGCCGGGUCAGACAUGGUGGUGUCCGUGCAGUUCACCAACCCUCUGAAGGAGCCGCUGUGGAACGUCUGGAUCCGCCUGGAGGGGCCCGGCGUGCUCAAGCCCCGGACAAAGUCCUUCCGGGAGGUCCGGCCGGGCGCCACGGUGCAGUGGGAGGAGGUCUGCAGGCCCUGGGUGCCGGGCCCCCGCAAGCUGAUGGCCAGCCUGACCAGCGACUCCCUGCGGCACGUGUACGGGGAGCUGGACCUGCAGAUCCAGAGGCGCCAGUAGGGCCAGCUGGGCCCGGCUCCUGCUUCGCUGCUGCUGCCCUGCCUGCCCCGCCCCGCCCUGCCUUGCCCUGCCCGCUCCGAGCCGCCCAGCUCGGCCCUAACCUCGCUCCAGCCCCUGCCUGAGAGCCACUCACCGCCCCAGCGAGACCCUCUGGAGGGGGGGUCCCGGUCAGAGGAGCAGCCAGGCCCGGGCCGCCCCGAGGGGAACCGCACAGCAGGGCCACGCCCCCCUGCGCCCGCCCGGUGCCCACACAGCAGGGCCGCGCCCCCCUGCCCCGGUGCCCACACAGCAGGGCCGCGCCCCCUGCCCCGGUGCCAGGUCCCCGUGCCACCCUGGGCGGGGCCCAGACCACAGACCACCCAGCAGGGGGAAGCGGGAGGCGUGGGAGAACAGAGCAGGGCCGGAGCACCCUCCUCCUCUCCGCUCCCACGGCCCCCAGACCACGGGCCCGCCCGGACGUGCCCUCGGGACGUGCCCCAGGCCCACCCAGCCCCUCCCGCCCUCCCUGACGGACGUGCCGGACCCCCAGCCCCUCCCGCCCUCGGGCCACACCAGGCGAGAGCUGCCGCUUAGCGCGGCGUGACCUUACUAACCGAGUGUAACCGAAGCAAUAAAGCUGG